GCCACGGUACCUGGGAUCCCCUGAUACUUUCCAGUCAUCCCAAGCCAGCUCCCUGAACCCUGACCUACUGUGGUUAGAUCUACAGCCACUUUCCGUUGCCUUCUUACCGUUCCUGUCAUUCUUAUCCACAUAGUGGAGAUUGCCUCAGCUUUCAAGCCCCAAUUCAGCCCUCAUUGUUCCUUCACGCAGCGGUCUCAACCACCAUGACUACAUCGAAUCGCUCGACCAGCAAGAGAUUACCCAUCAGUUGCCAAGCAUGUCGAACUAGAAAGAUACGCUGCUCUCGUGAUGGGCGUCCAUGCCAAACCUGUGUCCGCCGCGGAUUAGGCGCUGAGGACUGCAUAUACCUGGGUCAACCCAGACUGUCAUCCGAGCAUGCCUUGACGGUAGAAACAGCAGGGCAGAACGAGUUACUUGCACGAAUCCGCAAUCUUGAGGAACUCCUCCAGAGACAAGCGCAAUCGCAGUCAGGCGAUUCCCUGUCCCCGCAAAACUCACCUAGUGCGACAGGCAGCCUCCUUGAGACCGAUAGUGCUGUUGAUCCGGGAUCCAGAGAUAUGAGAAGUCCGUUGCUAACUAAUGUCGGCACUCUUCAAACCUUUGCUUCUGGAUACGUUCGCUACCUACCACUAGCAACUCACUCUAGCCAACUAAGCCCUACAGUCACAGGCACCUAUUCUUUGCCGAACGUGGAUACCGAGAUACCGGAUGAGAGCGAUGACCUACAAAUUCCGUUGGCUAAGAACUGUGUUACCAGGGAUGAGCUACUUGCCAUUCUCCCACCUCGUCGGUACUGUGACGCUUUGAAGGAUGUCUACUUCCGAGUCUUUUCACCUCUGUUUCACAUUCUCCACGAUCUGACAUUCGAGGCCGAGUACCAGCAAUUCUGCCAUGAUCCUAGUAGUGUGACAACAGCAUGGAUUGCGCUAUUAUUUGCCAUUUUGGCAAUUGCCGUCACCGCACUCGAGGACGAUGAGCCCUUACUUUCCGAUCUAGGCCGUGAAAAAACGGUCACCCGUAAUCUCAAGAUUCUAUCCUCACGUUAUCGAUCUGCCUCACUGCGCUGUCUGGCAGCAGACGAUGUUCUCUCUCGCCACUCCAUUAACUCUCUCCAGUCCCUUAUCCUCACCAACUAUGCACGAAUUCACAGGGGACUGCCGACGUGGACUUUGUUGGGCUUCACACACCAUGUCGCGAUAUCGAUGGGCUGUCACGUUGAUCCAGAUCGAUUUCCGCUUGGGCCUAUCGAGCGGGAAGAACGCAGACGUGCUUGGACCGGAGUAACGAUGCUCUAUAUUGUUCAGAAUACAGUAUUUGGACAUCUUGACCACCAGGUAGCCUCCGAAAGCGUGAAGCUCCCUUUGGAGAUCAACGACGUGGACCUGCUCACAGGGUCUUUUUCCGAACAAUCAACAGGCCCAACCCAAAUGACAUAUCUUCUGCUAGAGUUUCGUCUGGACAAGAUAUUCUCCAUGGUCUGCCGAACUCUUUUCAGCUUCUACCCCAAGUUCAGCCUCUCUCAGAUCGAAGCCCAGAUCUUGUCCGUUCACGAUAUGUGUGAUAGGCGAUACCAGAUUAACACAAAUCUUGAGCCUUUACCGAUACACCACGUGGCCAAUCUAAACAUCCUCUACAGCUAUAUCCACCAGCUACUCUUACUUCUACUCCGUCCAAGUCUUUGCUGCUACCUCCAGGGUGAUUUCACUCCGGAGACAUACGCAUCGAGAACUAAAUGCGUCGCCUCCGCCAAGGCAUCGCUUUCGAUAUAUCAAGCACUUCAUGAAUCACCUCAGUUCGCAUCAUACAAAUGGUUCAACAGUGGCUUGGGAAGUUUUCAUGCCUUUCACGCGGCUGUGAUUUUAUCAGUGACUUUAAUGUACCCAGAGAGCCAAUUUGAGUUUGUUGAGAUCAAAGAAACCCUCUGGAAAUCUUUGGAUGUUUUUGCUGCUUCAUCAAAUCGCAGCAAUUUCUGCAGCAAAGCCGUCCCCGUCCUCCGCCAAAUCAUCGACAUAGCCUGCACUAGAGGCCAACAGGCCGUCUUGGCCGUCGACCCAAACACCGGUAUCGUAAGCCCCUCCGCUGAGUACGCGCAGGGCUUAUCGCCCAUAGCAUCGGAGUACAUUAUGGAGCCACUCUUUGCUCAGCUCCAGCCCCAGAACUGGGUCAGUCCGACUUCAAUUCCAUGGGAUGGUUGGAAGUUUCUCUCCGAACAAGGAUAGCGAAUAUGGCAGGAACAGAUAUACGACUAAAUGGCUGUUUAGAGUGACACAGUAUCUGUUACUCUUCGGCUUUGUCCAUUGCUCUAGGGACCUUCCAAGACAGCAUCGGACUCGGGCGUUGUGCGACACUAAGCGUCUUAAUUUGGUCCUCGCUCAAGUCGAAAGAGCCACACUGUCUGCCUGCCAUCCCCCAGGCACACAAGUAUCGAUAUGAGUAACGUCAGCUUUGGAGGACAUAAUUUCACUGCUCCUCUGCCCUUGCAGACUUUUUGUCGAGAGGAGAUC